AUGAAGCUUGUCCUCUUCCUGAUCGCUUCCUCCCUCCUCUCCUUGCUCCACCUCGCCUCCUCUAUCAACUUGAGGCCCCCGACGACCAUGCUCAGCGCAAUGCGGAGCAACGCCGACACGCUGGGGACGAGGAUGUCGUGGCAUGCGAGCAACAUGAUGAGGAGGAGUCGGAGGGGCUGGAGGAAGUUUCGCGAGAGAGCAGCUCUGUACAUGACGAUUCCCCUGAUCUCAGGUUCUCAAGGAAUUCUCAACUGGGCCACAAACAGGCUUGCGGUGAACGACAGGGCUGCGAUAGCAAUCAGUGUGAGGAAGAUUGAGGGACAACCGCUUGGUUGGUUUGGAUGGCAGGGGAUUGUUCCUGCCAAAGUGACCAAAAUGUCAUCCGACAUCGUUGAUAUCACGACAGAGCAACUGCUGGACGUGAAGAAGAUUUUUGGGAGGAUAGAGGAAAACCGUCUCCUCGACCACCUCAGACAAGGAAAUCUCUUCGCGGCCGUUCUCAACUCAGCGAAGGCCUCGGAAGUACUUCCCUCUUCUCUCAUCCGCGAGGGAGAGGCGAAGGUGGCGGGAGGAGGAGCUACCUUGACCUCGCACCUCCUCGAGCACAAAACGGAGAGGAUUGUCAUGCGUGUCAUUCGAGCGCUCAAGAAGGAUCCGCUGAAGUUCUGCCCCCUGAAAUCAGCGUGA